AUGGCAACAGCCGGAGACGCGUUACUGCUACUGCGGCUCCCCGCGCUGUUCGAAACCAGCAAGCAGCUUCUGGACGAAGUGGAAGCAGCGACUGAACCCACCGGUUCCCAGAUAAUUCAAGAUAAGGUAUUCAGGGGACUAGACCUCCUUAAGAAGGCUGCUGAAAUGUUAUCGCAGCUCGACUUGUUCAGCCGAAAUGAAGACUUGGAAGAGAUUGCUUCCACAGACCUGAAGUACCUGAUGGUCUCAGCUUUUCAAGGAGCGCUCGCCAUGAAACAAGUCAACCCCAGCAAGCGUCUAGAUCAUUUGCAGUGGGCUCGAGAACACUUUUUAAACUACUUAACUCAGUGCCAGUAUUAUCAUGUGGCAGAGUUUGAGCUGCCCCAAACCAACUCAGCUGAUAAUAAUACUGCUAGUUCCUCCAUGGCGUGUCCUAGCCUCGUUGCUGUGGCAUCUGAAAGACAGGCUAAAAUAGAGAGAUACAAGCAGAAGAAGGAGGUGGAGCAUAGGUUGUUUGCACUGAAAUCUGCUGUGGAAAGUGGUCAAGCAGAUGAUGAGUGUGUUCGUGAAUAUUACCUUCUUCACCUUCGAAGGUGGAUCGGUAUUAGCUUAGAAGAGAUUGAGAGCAUUGACCAGGAGAUGAAGAUCCUGAGAGAAGACGACUCCUCAAAAGAUGCAUCAACUUCUUACUCAUCUCCUCAGGACAGGCCUCCAAUGAAACCCUUCGUUCUCACUCGGAAUGUGACCCAAGCCAAAGUAUUUGGAGCUGGUUAUCCAAGUCUGGCAUCUAUGACAGUGAAUGACUGGUAUGAUCAGCAUCAGAAAUAUGGAGCAUUACCAGAUCAGGGCAUAGCCAAGAUAACACCAGAGCUCAAAAGAGCAGCUCAGCAACAGGAAGAUCAGAAACAAAAGGAGGGAGAGGAGGAGGAGGAGGGGGAAGAAACACUCCACAGAGUUCGGGAGUGGGAUGACUGGAAGGACACCCAUCCCAGAGGCUAUGGCAACCGACAGAACAUGGGUUAGUCUUACCACAACAAGAUGGGACUUCAGGGAGUCACAUCUUCCCAGACAAGGAAAGCCAUGCAGU